GGAUCUUAGCAACAUCAAUUGUGAAGAGCUUGGUCCACUGCCUCCUGGAUGGGAGAUCCGAAAUACAGCAACAGGGAGAGUUUAUUUUGUUGACCAUAACAACAGGACAACGCAGUUUACAGAUCCACGGCUGUCUGCUAACUUGCAUUUAGUCUUAAACCGGCAGAAUCAACUUAAAGAUCAGCAGCACCAGCAGCAGCAGCAGGUAGUGUCCCUGUGUCAGCUCCCAGAUGAGGCAGAGUGUCUGACUGUGCCGAAGUACAAGCGAGACCUAGUGCAGAAGCUCAAGAUUCUGAGGCAGGAGCUGUCACAGCAGCAACCUCAAGCUGGCCAUUGUCGUAUCGAGGUCUCCAGGGAAGAGAUUUUUGAGGAAUCCUACAGGCAAGUCAUGAAGAUGAGGCCAAAAGACCUGUGGAAGCGAUUAAUGAUAAAGUUUCGUGGGGAGGAAGGCCUUGAUUAUGGAGGUGUCGCCAGGGAGUGGCUCUACCUAUUGUCACAUGAAAUGUUGAAUCCAUAUUACGGUCUCUUCCAAUAUUCCCGAGAUGAUAUCUACACGCUGCAAAUCAACCCGGACUCUGCAGUCAACCCGGAACAUUUAUCCUAUUUCCAUUUUGUCGGACGGAUCAUGGGGAUGGCUGUGUUUCAUGGACACUAUAUCGAUGGGGGUUUCACGUUGCCUUUCUAUAAGCAGUUGCUAGGGAAGCCAAUUACUUUGGAUGACAUGGAAUUGGUCGACCCUGAUCUUCAUAACAGCUUAGUCUGGAUACUUGAGAAUGAUAUCACAGGAGUCUUGGACCACACGUUUUGUGUAGAACACAAUGCAUAUGGGGAAAUUAUUCAGCAUGAACUGAAACCCAAUGGCAAAAGCAUCCCUGUGACAGAGGACAACAAAAAGGAAUAUGUCAGACUUUAUGUAAACUGGCGUUUUUUACGAGGAAUUGAAGCUCAGUUUCUGGCUCUACAGAAGGGAUUUAAUGAAGUAAUCCCACAACAUCUGCUGAAGACAUUCGAUGAGAAGGAGUUAGAGCUCAUCAUCUGUGGACUGGGAAAAAUCGAUGUUAAUGACUGGAAGGCAAACACCAGGUUAAAACACUGUACCCCAGACAGCAACAUUGUGAAAUGGUUCUGGAAAGCUGUGGAGUUCUUUGAUGAAGAGAGGAGAGCGCGACUGCUCCAGUUUGUGACUGGCUCAUCCCGAGUGCCUCUGCAGGGCUUCAAGGCACUACAAGGUGCUGCAGGCCCACGACUAUUCACAAUACACCAGAUUGAUGCCAGCACUAACAAUUUGCCGAAAGCUCACACCUGCUUUAACCGAAUAGACAUUCCUCCUUAUGAAAGCUAUGACAAGUUGUAUGAGAAGCUGCUAACUGCCAUUGAAGAAACAUGUGGGUUUGCUGUGGAAUGA